CAUUCAGUAGAUUUUAUACCGGCAUUGCCCUCGGUACUGUGACGACGACGGUCCCCUUUUUUAUUUUUAAUAUUUCGUUCUGAUCAGAAAAACACUUCUGUAUGCAGAGUGCAGGUAUAUACAGUGUUUCAAGAAUAGAAGAUAUCUUUUCAAACGUUCAAAGAUUCACUUCUUGAGCUACCUGUUCGUUUUGAAAUAGAAAAGUGCUACAAUCCAGCUGCUGCUCCAUUAACGUUAUUUUUAAUUUUUCUUUCUUUGUUACGGCAUUCCGGGGAAAGGUGUUUUCUGAUUUAAUUUAAGUGCAAAGGUUCCUCAAAGUCGUGCAUUCUCUGAGUGUUCAGUGUUUUGUUUUUAAUUCGAGUGAGCCUGUUAAAAAGGUGUAAGUGAAAAUUUCCCAAAGAAGUGGAAACUACCUGAAAUUCUACCUAUACUUUCUUUCUAACAACAAACCCUACCGACGACGUGACGUCACGGUUACUUUUAUUUCUAUGUGUCAAAUGCAAGUUUCUGAGAGUGCUGAUAAAUUCUUAUUAUUUUAAAGUGUAGUAUUAAAAGAAUUGUUAUUAAUAAUUCAGAUUUUGUUUAUUUAUACGAUAGAUUGAUAGGUACAUAUGUACAUACCUACCUAUAUUGGCCCACUUCCUUAGCACAUCAGUCUUAUUAAUAAAUAAUCAGAUUGUAAUUUAAUAAAAGCAGAGCAAGCAUUUUGAACUAGCUUCCCUUAUCAGUUGCGCUUACAUUACGUGAUUGUGUACAAAAAUACCUACAUUUCAAUUGGAAAAUUUAAUUCAAAUUGAUUUGUUCAAUACCAAGAGUGUGCUUAUAAUCUCGACGACAUAGAAUUCCUUUCAGAUUAUUUUUCUAAUAUUCGGCAAAACCUUAACAAAAAUAUGGAAUACUUCAAACUGGUAACUCUGCUAGCAGUCUGCUUAUUACUUGGAUGUAUAAAUACAGAGAGUGCGUAGGGUAGUAUUAUAGGCUCAUAUGCGAUUUGUUUUUAAUGCAACUAUGUAUAGAAUGUUCAACAGCUGGUUAUAAAUAUGUAUCUCAAAAUCAUGAUUAAUUUACUUCGCACGUGUAUACUUUUCUCAUUUAUGUAUAUCAUUUACCCGGAAUUAAAGCUUCUGUAUCUCCGCUGACGCUGACAUAAAAACGUGGUUAUGUUUUAGAUAGAUAAUAUACUAUUCAGGUGUAAGAAAGAGUUGACUUUGCCAACGGUUUGUAAUCCCUCCUCUCUUAAGGACAAGGAUAAAAACUAUGAAUAUGCGGAAGACGAUGAUUACAACUACGAUGAAGAUGACGAAGAUAAGUCUGAAGUUUUACCUUUCGAAAGUAAUACAAUCAUUAGUGACCCACCUUAUUUUGAAAAAUCGGAACUUAAUGUCAAGGCGAAUUAUGGGGACAGUGUCAUCUUAAACUGUGAUGUGCGCAAUUUUCAAUUAAAAAAUGCGGUCAUGUGGUAUAAAAAGCAAAACCUCAUUGUCAACGGGCAAACAUCACUAGACAAACAUAUUGAAAUUUUUAGAAAUAAUUCUAUCAAAAUUUUGAACGUCCAAGAUUCAGAUGCAGAUGAUUAUUAUUGUACUGUGUUACCUGAACAAGUUAGACUUCACAUUUAUUUGAAUGUUGGAGGUAAACUGAUAAUUUAUUGUGACGGCCGUGAUGUCACUGAAAAGACGAUAACAGUCCAUCAGGGAGAAAGUCAUACAUUAGAGUGCAAAACGUUUGUAAAUAAAAAUUCCACCAUCAGAUGGUCCUUGAAUGGUAAAAGAGCUGAAAAUCAGGACAUAAAAUUAGAAGAUAGCAAGUUGAUUAUUGACUAUUUCGAUGCUGAUCGCGCUGGCAUCUACCAAUGUCUUGGAGAUGAUGGAUCCAAGGACCCUUUACAUGGUUCAGUGACUAUUGAUGUACAUUAUGCCCCUAAAGUGUCUACACAUCGUCAUCAUGUGAAUACGGAACAGGGUGCUAAGGCAGAACUCUAUUGUGAUUUUAAGGCUGUGCCAAUCGCUGUGGCUCAGUGGAAGAGAAAUGGACAAUACUUAGAGAUUUUCUCGGACAAGUAUUCUGUUAAAAGUACCAUACAUAAAGAGAAGAAUCGAACAAUUCUGACGGUUAAAGAUGUUACAUCAACCGAUUUGGGUGAAUAUGAAUGUGAAGUAAAGAAUGCAAUCGGAGCCAACGAAAAUAAGAUUCACUUGAUAUACGAACCCGAAAAUCCUCAAUUCGAAAAUAUGAAAAUCGAAGGACGAAAGAUAACACUCUACUGGCUGGUUAAGAGUGUUCAACCUUUGUCAGAAGCUGUUAUGGAUUAUAAAAUAGAUGGCACAUAUACAUGGAGCUCGGAAUCUAUUAUCAGUACAAGUAAACAUCCAGAGCAUACAGGCAUUUGGAAACUGAAGCACGAAAUAGAACUUGUUCCUGGAUUCUGGCACGCGCGUGUUAAAACAAAAAACACUGUGGGUUGGUCUAAGUUUUCUGCUGAACAUAGUUUUAAAAUCGACGAUUUCAUUAAUAAAGAUAACCUGAAAAAUAGUAUCCCUCAGGAUAUGGUCAUGGCAGCUGGUAUAGGAUCUGGAAUCAUUACCAAACCCACUGAAGGAUCCAGUGCAACUCAUCUAACGAUUGUUCGCACACUAGUAGUUUUCCUAAGCAUUAUAUCGUUAUAUAAGCCAUUUGUGCCAUUUGUUAUAAAUUUAUAAAAACCUUAUUAUUAGAAUGCCAUAAUCUAAUCCUGUAAAAGUAACCACUUUCUGCCUUUAUUUUAUUUAAAUGCGUUAGAUCAAACUGAAUGAUUGAAAAAUUAAAAAAAAAAAACGAAACGGAUUAAUUUUUAAAAUGUCACAAAAGUUAUUAUAAUAUAAUAUCCUGGACAAAAAAUUAUAAUUUAACAACUUUCGUAUUUUAUUUUUUUGAAAAUAUUUAUGUUUAAUUAAAACUAUAGUGUAGUAUUUUAUUUUAUGUGUUAAAAUAGGUUAUAUAAAUUAUAAUUAUUUAAAUUUAAAAAAUGUAUAGACCAAAGCAUGUUAUAUAUAUAUAUUCAUAUGUAUUGUAUAUGUAUAAUGAUAUUUACAGAAUGUAGGGAGUGAUUGAUAUGAAUUAAACUAGAAGUUUAUGCACAUUAUCAUAACGAGUAUAAAUUCUUAUUUUAUCAUAAAAUGUUUUAAAAGCAUUAUAUAUAUAUACAGUUAUUUUUACAAAUACGUACAUACUGUGCAGUAAGUCAUUUGACUUAAAUGGUCCAAAAGAAUCUAAAAAGCAUGUUAAAGUGAUGUUUUGAUUAAUUUUUAUAUCAGUAUGUCAUGAAGACAAACAUUAAAAAACAUUAACGUUGAAAAAUAAAUUAUAGAAAUCAAUGAACCUUAUACAAAAGAUAUGCUACUAUAGUAAACAAUUUUCCAAACGAAUAUCUGCUAAAAAAUGUAAGUGCUAUAACAACUGCAACCAACAACUUUAAUUCUUUCUGUAUUGAGACGAACAAAACUUAAAGCGAUUCAAAACAUAACAUUUUUAUCGAACUUCUUUUUAUUAAGAGGAGAAAAUACUUAUGGCAAGUUUUACUAAUUUAUUUCACAUUUCUGUAUUUUCUUUCAAAGUAGAUAUUUCUUAAGUCUUAGUUUUUGAAAUACUAAUUUUCGUUAUAGCGACAAGUUCAUAUCAAUUUUGAAAACGAGCAUUUUCGACAGUACUUUUUUAAACUUAAUACUUUUCGUAUUUAUACACUCAACUCAUAUUUUAUUAAAAUUCUAUAUUUCGAAAAGUCACUCUUUUCAUAGAAAAUACAUUUAAAUUGGAAAGUUUAAACCAGAAUAGUUUCUUUAGUAACUACAAUUAUUAAAAAUUCAAACAUACAGUGUGAAAAAGAAAAGUUUCGGUUAGUAAGGACAAAAUUAUGCAGGUAAAUUUAAUUGAUGUUCAUUGCCUCUUUUUUAAUGGUUUAUUAUUCAAAAAUCUGAAUAAAAAAUCAAAUCCGGUUUCACCAUAAAACAAAAGGGUCUUAAACGGGUAAAGAUAGAAUUUGAGUGUCAACGUUGGGAAUUUAAACUUAACAAAAAUGUCAAUAAAAUUAUCUAUAGUCUAACGACUUUAAAUUAAUACUAUUAAAAUAAAGGAAUAUCAAUGGUCCGUCAUCUACGGUUUUUUUUCAACUAGUGCUUAUUUUGUAUACACUUCAGAAUUUCAGAAAGUAGUUAGCUCAUAGCAAGCUUCAAACCACGAUCAGAUGCCCAUCAUAAGUGCAUGUGUUAGUUGUUAGUAAGAUAAUAAUAAAAUUAAAGCCUAACACACGCAAAAAAUACAAAACAUAACAAACAUUAACAUGAAUUAAUACAGAACAACAAAAGAUAAAAUAAAGACGUUUUCGAUAGUGGAGCACUGGUUCUAAACAGUGAUUUUGAUACCACCUUAUUUAAAUUUAAAUCUAUCGAUGAACAGUUUAAAUUAUAUUAAAUGCUCAUUCGACUUAAAGCUUCAUUUUUCAUAUAUUGAGUUCUAUGGAAGUCAAUAUGUAUAAAAUCAAAAGAACGUAGGUGAUGAGUUCCGCCUAGGUAAUUCAAAUUUACACAAGAUAGCAAAUAAGGUGCAUCAAUUUCACCGUGAAUGAGUCGAUGAAGAAAUAUUAAAUCUUUAUUAACACGCCUUUAAUGGAGAGAUUGCAAUUGAAGAAGCUGAAUACGAUGUUCAUAGGGAGGCAGAUCAGAAGGAUCUUCUCAAGGAAGACCCUUUAGGGCAAAGCGAAUAAAAUUAUGUUAUUUCGUGAAUGCUAACACUUAGGCCAUGUCUGAUUUGACAGAAAAUUAGUUUUAACCUUCCGCUGAACGAAUAUGGUUUUGUAAAUGCUUGAACAACGCUUAGAAAAGAUGCCGAUUUUGGAAAAAAAAUCAUCUUGAUCUAGAUGAAGCUAAUUUUGAUCUUGGCGGGUAUGUAACAAGCAAAAUUGUCUCAUUUGUGGGACAGAAAACCGACACACAUAUAUUGGAAAGCCGAUACACCCACAACGAGUCACUUUUUGGUCCGAGUUUUGGUCCAGAGGCAUAAUUGAGCGCGUUUUCUUCUAAAAUGAGCAAGGAGUGGCCGUUAAAGUCAAUGGUGAUCGUUAUCGAGCCUGUUGAACAAAUGUUUGUACACAAAAAUUGAAGAGGAGGAGGCAACAUUUGGUUUCAACAUGACGGCGCUGCGUGCCACAGAGCCGAAGCAAGAUUCGAUAUUUGUAUAGAAUUUAAAAAAAAAGUUUUUUGGCAGACCCUUUAUGUUCCAAAGCAUAUGUAUAUUUUAGCCAAGAAUAUUAAUUUGUGCAUAAUUUUGUUUAGGUGCUUUACAUCAAUAAAACUGGACUUCCAAAAUAUGGCACAAUUUAUGGAUGGAGUAUAUUAUAUCUAAAUUUCGUUUCGUUAUUUUAAAUAAAAUAUUUUCUAUUAACUCAAACUUAUUUAUCGCUUAUAUUAAAAAAACAACAUUUAGAUGAGUAAAUUUCGUUUUUAAAUGCAUUGUGUUUGGAUCAUUUCGAUUUAUGUUCGCUACGAUUUUGAUCACUUUGUCAUAGUUUGUUUCCCACAGUUGCUAACGUCUCGCAUGACUUUUGAUAUAAGUUACGCAUAUAACGUAUACUGUACUUAAAGAAUUAAGAACGAAAAGUCUAUAUUACUUAGGUAAUUUCACAAAAACAUUAUUCAUUUCUUAAGCAUCCUUCAUUUAAGGAACAUAAAAACACAAAACUGCAUACAAAUUACAAUUGAUAAAGGGAUGGAAUCGCUUAAGGCGCUAUAGUGUUAUGUCGUUGUUUUGAUUGUCAAUUUUGACUUUUAACUUUUCUUUUUUUCGUGAAAAGUGAUCGUUCAAAUUUUGUAUAUCUUUCAUAACAUUACCUUUCUUGAAUGCGACUACGUUCUCUUAGUAACUGAAACCCUUAUUUUAGAAACAGUUGAUAACCACCACUUCUAAGAAAAUUUAAAGUUUCAGGUAGUUGAUGCAUAGGUGAAGCAUGUGUUGGUCUUUGUUCACUUUUUCUUCUUCUUUGAUAAUUUAUUCCCUGUUCACUAAAAUUUCAAUGUGUAGUGAAACUGAAUCUUGCUCAAAAAUUGAAGAAAAAAAAGUGAGAAAGCGGGUAUAUUUAGGCGACAGAAGGGGCUUUAAAGUAGGGCAAGUUUCUAGUAUGUUAGUACCCUUAGCGUGAUGGGUUCAAUCCCUGCCUGUGAUAGCUAACUUUUUUUCACGGGUACUGCCUCUUGCGAGGAAUUGACAAACCCUCCAAGAGUAAUUCUUGUCAUGAAAAGUGCUUUUUCAAAUUAGCCGUUCAGAUUCGGCAUAUAAACUGUAGGUCCCUUCCAUCCCUGACAAAACUACUCGCACAUAGGAAUGGUUGAGAGUUGUAAUUCACUAGGCCCUGAUGGUUCUUCAUGGACUGUUGCACCACCUAGUUUAUUAUUUUUGAAUUUCUAGUAUCUGAUUGACCAGCUGCCAAAAGAUUGGCUUCCAAUUAAGGUAACUUUAUUGGAAAGUUGAGCCGAAAGUUAGUCAAGAAAAAUCUCCCUAACUAUCAAGUCAAGUCGAAUUCUGUCUAAAUGACAGGCAAUCAGGUUUUUUUAUUUAACUGAAAGCUCAACUUUCUUACUUUAUGAUUUAUUUAUUUUUGCACAACUCUAUUUUAUGUUUUCUGUAAAAAGGUUCCUUGUUAAUUUGGAAAAGAAAUAAGUAAUAUUUCUGUUCAAUACAAAAUACACAUCGUGAUGAACUUGUACUUUGUUUGAAGAGUGUUUUGCAGACAAUGAUUUUGGUAAUUUGUGUACGAUAAUUUGAAGGUAGAGGUUUGAAAUUUAUGACAUUUGAAAAUCUUACUAGUUGCCUUGGUAAAAAUGUACGUUCAAAGAAUGUAGUUGACUGCAAAGUUAGUCAAGUCCCUUAAGUUGUCUGAACCUGACCAGUGUCUCACGACAACCUGCCACCAACAAACUAUACCAAGCAAGUGAUACUCAAUAAAAUUAUCUUACUUGAACAAAAAACAUCAAUAAAUCAACUAUAACAGGGAACAAACCUAAUACUCGCAGUUAAGUGAAAAUGAUAGAUGGUCAACAGUCAUUCUUUAGUUAAUAAUAAAGUGUGACCGAAAAAAAGCAAUUUGUUUUCAAUAGCUCUUUAUUAUUUUUCUAAAUUGAGACUUGAUUAUUCCAUGCAAUAUGGUCCCAAAAGAUAAAUUAUUGUAUGUAAUUGUCCGAUUCACAUGUUCCAUUGGAAGUUAACUUACCAACAUUAGUCUAUAUGUCUUCCUAAAAAAUACAGGCUUACAAGAAGAACAUUUUUAAAAAAUGCCAUUUAUACUCACGAAUUUUACUUAAAGUUAACAGAAGUAAUUUAUCUAAGCAUAUGCAACCUAUAGUACUAUCACUGUUUUUUUUUUCUACGACACUGCGACACGGUGACAUUAGCGUAUGCAGUUUUUGUACUUAACUUUUUAUACAAAACUUCCAACACUGACUUAAGGCAACGGCAAACGUAAAAAAACAGCUGCAUAAUAAUACUAUAGAGUGUAUAUACAAAGAUGUCAUAUGGAUUAUUUCAUUACCAAAAUCUUAGGUAUCCAUUCUGUGAGUUAAACAUUAUCAAAUUGAGGCAUUUAAAAAUCCUUUGAGAGUAAUUCUUGUCAUCAAAAGUGUUUUUUUUUUCUUUAAAUUAGCAGUUCGAUUCGAUGAAAAAAAAUGGGAACACAGAAAUGGUUGAGAGUUGAAUGUUUUAUUUGUUUAUGUGCUAAUGAAUUAAAAACAACAUUUCUUAUUUAACGUGGCAAAACUUUUUUUUUUGAAAUUAUAAAUAUGCAGCACGUAGCAUAAGCACUUUUCAAGUUAAUUGGAACAUUGUACAUCCAUACAUGUAUGUAGCAUGAAAUUCAUGGUGUAAUGUGCAUCCAUAUUUACAAUACUGAUAACCCCGCUCACUGAUGAUUGAUUUCGGUGAUAGGCACUAGAACCGUGAUGUAAUUUAAAUUACAUACAUAAUUAAAUUCAGAAAAAAUAAUAUUUUGCUACAGAGUUGUUGAAUGUUGAUUUUUUGAAAUAGGUUUAAUUGCUGCCAAUCUGUUUUCGAAACAUACAUUUUAAGCGUUCAGAAAAAAUAAGAACUUAUUAUUUAUAAUGUGUAUAAAGAUAAUUAUAAGAAAUGUGCCUCAUUAUACAAUAUAUAGUUAACAAGAAAAUAUUUUUUAUAUAAUGUAGGUAGGCAUUGUUAGGAAUUGGAGUUUAUAAAGAAUCUUAACUUACAUAUUUAAUGUUUUUAUUUUUUUAAAUUGACAAAUUGCAUGAAUAGAUUUGAAAAUAAAUUGUGUACUUAUCUUCAGAACAGAUUAAUAUUUAUACAUUUUAAAUUCAAUAAAAAUAAAAAGAUAUAUUUUUAAACCAUAUACAUAGAUACAUCAACAAAUACAAUCGUGUACCUUCAAACAAAAUUAAAAAUAAAAAUAAAA